GGGUGGACUUAAAUUAUUGUGUCUGUCACAAUCAUUAAUUGACUCAAAAGAUGAUGCUAUUAAAGUAACCAAACUGUUCCAAACCUUACAAAACAACCUUCGAAUCCUGUUCUGUUCCAAACUCUUUGGUUUCUUUAUUCAUAACGUUAUCAACAUACAGGUUUUUGGUACUUCUGGAGGAUGGCAACAAAGGAUUGUUGGCAGUGUGUGCAAAGAUCUAGCAUAGAAAAUGAUUCCCCUUUGUCAGUAGAUAAUAAUGGACCUGAAAAUGGAUCACUUUCAAUUGUUGUGCUUGGUGCUUCCGGUGAUCUUGCUAAGAAGAAGACAUUUCCAGCACUCUUCAACCUGUACAAGCAGGGAUUCCUACUAGCAAAUGAAGUCUGUAUUUUUGGUUAUGCAAGGACAAAAAUCUCUGAUGAAGAAUUGAGAAACCGCUUACGUGGCUAUCUUGUUAAGGAAAAGGAUGCUUCCCCUGAAAAGUUAGAGACUGUAUCGAAGUUUUUACAUCUGAUCAAAUAUGUAAGUGGCUCUUAUGAUUCUGAGAAUGAUUUCCGUUUGUUGGAUAAAGAAAUUUCCAAGCACGAAUCUACAACAAACACUGCUGAGGGCUCUUCUCGGAGGCUUUUCUAUCUUGCACUUCCUCCUUCGGUAUAUCCAUCGGUGUCCAAGAUGAUCAAGACUGCUUGCAUGAAUAAAUCUGAUCAUGGAGGGUGGACACGUAUUGUUGUUGAGAAGCCUUUUGGUAAGGAUCUGGAAUCUGCAGAGCAACUCAGCACUCAGAUUGGAGGGUUAUUCGAAGAACCACAAAUUUACCGUAUUGACCACUACUUGGGAAAGGAAUUAGUGCAGAAUAUGUUGGUGCUUCGUUUUGCAAAUCGCUUCUUCUUGCCUUUGUGGAACCGCGACAACAUUGCUAAUGUGCAGAUUGUUUUCAAAGAAGAUUUUGGCACUGAUGGCCGGGGUGGUUACUUUGACCAGUACGGAAUUAUCCGAGAUAUAAUUCAAAACCAUCUGCUACAGAUUUUUUGCUUGGUUGCUAUGGAAAAGCCUGUUUCUAUGAGGCCUGAGCACAUUCGAGACGAGAAAGUGAAGGUUCUGGAAUCUGUACUUCCUAUUAAAGAUGAGGAUGUUGUUCUCGGACAGUAUGAAGGCUAUAGAGAUGAUCCAACUGUACCUGACAACUCAAACACUCCAACUUUUGCAAGUGUUAUUCUGCGAGUACACAACGAAAGAUGGGAGGGUGUUCCUUUCAUUCUAAAAGCAGGGAAAGCCCUAGAUUCAAGAAAAGCGGACAUACGAAUUCAGUUCAAGGAUGUUCCCGGUGAUAUUUUCAAGUGUCAGAAACAGGGUAGAAAUGAGUUUGUUAUGCGCCUGCAACCUUCAGAAGCUAUGUACAUGAAGCUUACGGUCAAGCAACCUGGACUGGAGAUGUCAACAGUUCAAAGUGAACUAGAUUUGUCAUACAGACAACGCUACCAUGAUGUAACCAUUCCAGAGGCCUAUGAGCGUCUCAUUCUUGACACAAUUAGAGGCGAUCAGCAACAUUUUGUUCGCCGAGACGAGUUAAAGGCAUCUUGGGAAAUCUUUACACCACUUCUGCACAGAAUCGAUAAGGGUGAAUUCAAGUCAAUCCCUUACAAAUCUGGAAGCCGAGGUCCUAAACAAGCUGAUGAAUUGCUAGAAAAAGCUGGAUAUGUUCAAACACAUGGUUACAUUUGGAUCCCUCCUACUUUGUAGAAAGAUCAGUGUCUUCAUACAUUACUGGCUUACACUGAAUGAGGAUUUUUCAGUUGCUUAUACUUACUCAAUAAACUUGAGAAGAUUACCUUUGAACUGUGAAUUUUUUUUAUAUAAGGUUUAUUGCAUUAAGCUUUCAAAAUAAAUGCCAGUGGUUGGUUCACUUGGUUUGUGUAACAUAAUGUUCUUCUGAUUUCAAAAGAAAUGGAAAAUAAAGUUCAUUCCUCUUUUGUAUA